CUCCAAUUCAUUCCAUUCCAAAUUCCAUUUUGUCUUACCAAUCAUCCAUAACAAUUUAAAUAAAGAUGUACUUUAUUAAAUCCAAAAACGGUAUACAUUUCUUCUGAUCCGACUUCUGAACUCUGAAGAAAAGAGAGAACUACAGGGCAUCUUUAUUUUCAUUGUAUAAUUUCAAUAGUUAAAUACUUAACAGUGCAGGAUUUAUUAAAAAGGCUGGUCAGCAGUCAAAAUGGGAUUCGAGUACGGUGACGCGCCGUCGUGUCCGGCGGAUUGCGGCGGAGGCGUGGAGGAGGAGCUAGUAAUGAGCGAGGUUCACCUGGGCUGCCCUCCUAACCACGCUGGGCCCCACAUCUCCCGCUUCACAAUCUCAUCACCACCUCGAGAUGAACAGAUUGAAGAUAAUCCAGAUUCAGUGAGGACAAAAGCAUGUGAAGUGGAUGAAGAUGGUGACUUGAUUCUACCCAGAAGGCGUAAUCCUCCAAAAGAUUCUUUUGUUAUCCGCAUCCAACAUAAUAUCACCUCAUCCAUUCCCAGAGUUGGUCUCCAGGUUUGGAGAGCAGAACUAGUCCUAGCUGAUUUUGUGCUUCAUGUGAUGAGUAAAUCAACAAAUUUUGAUGGGAUUGUUGCAACAGAACUCGGCGCAGGGUUGGUUGGCAUGUUACUUGCACGUGCUGCUAAUACUAUAUUUGUAACUGGUAAAGCAUAACUCGUCGGACCCUUUAAUUUGGUUUUACUUAACUGCUAUUUCAUGGUAUUUGUUAUCUUGUUCGACACUUCCAUAACGAACAACUUCUUUUCUCCUAGUUGCAUGAAGCAGUAAGAGUAUCUAUACUUGGCAUGUUUGUGACCAGUGAUUGAUGGGUUAUUAUACUUUUUUCUUUAGUGAAAUACCAAUGAAAUUUCAAUAUCGUACAGACCAUGGUGAUGAAAUACUCGAAAACUGUGCCAACAAUUUCAAUCUCAAUGCUGGGAUUUUUCAGCGAAAGGCUUCUAUAUAUAUACGUGAACUUGAUUGGACGAGUCAAUGGCCACCCGAGAUAGUUUCAAAUUCUCCAUCUCAGCAAAAAUAUGGUUGGAGCAUAGCAGAGGUUGAAGAGCUCCAGAGAGCUACUGUUCUCCUUGCUGCUGAUGUCAUAUACCAAGACGAAUUAACUGAUGCAUUUUUCAGCUUAUUAGAAGCAAUUAUGUCUAAUGGUGCCGAGAAGGUUCUAUACGUAGCCUUAGAAAAGCGGUACAACUUCUCCAUUGAUGACCUCGAUGUUGUAGCCAAUGGUUAUUCACGCUUCCGAAGUUAUCUUAAAACCGAGGAAGAUGAGAAUGGGUUUGAAACUGAAAAUUCGCCUAGCUUUUCGGGUAAGCUCAUCAAUCUUGACGAGAUACCUCAGUACGUGAGGGAGUAUAACCGAGGUGAAGAUGUUGAGUUAUGGCAAAUCAGAUAUGUGAAGCCAAAAUCUUAAAACCGGGUAAAGUUUGUUUUGAAGAGCUAAAUUGCACGAAUGCCAGUAUCUAAAAACUUUUAUCCAUGAUAGAGUAUACUUGGAGGGUAAGUGCAAAAGUUUGGUGAGCUUAAAAGUCCAAAAGCUGGAAAAAUUAAUGUAAUUUUACUCAUUUUUUGAAAUAUAUUUACACAUAAUUUUGCGACUUGUGCUCUACUAGUUAGAGAUUGGAUUUAUCCCGAAGGUGAUACAAAGAAAAAAAAAAAAACAUGGAAAAUUACAUCUUUGCAGUGUUGGUUCCAAAACUAAAAGCAACUUUAUCUUGAUAUGAUACCAAGUGCUGAAAAUGGGGUUUGGAGAAAGAAAGAAAGAAAGAAAGGGGGGAAAAAGCAGUUAUUUUUGCCUUUUGCUGUUUUUUGAUUUCUCUUGCCUGGAAAUUUUUUGUCCUGUUUUUUCUUUUUAGAGAUUAUGAAUACAAUAUGUUGUUAGUCGCUAGCCAAGUUUUCGUUUUUUUCUUUUGUAAACUCCAAUUGGAUGUAUGUUUUUGAAAGAGAUGUUUUUUUCGGUUUUAGACUCUUUGUUUCAUCUUUCGUGUCUGGAGAGAACAUCUGAC